ACGCCAUUACGUGAGAAAUGAAUUAAGCGUCAUCCAUUCGGCUGCAACUUCGAUCCUAAAGCGGCGCGCGGCAUUUUUAUUUUAUUUUUCCCCUUUCUCUAGCUUCAACUAUACAUACUGUUUAAUUCUAUAACAAUGGCGCGAAGCAUACCCUUCUGCACAGUUCCCACUUGUCUGCUUUUUCUCACCGGACUGUGUUAUCGAGUAGCUGCCGACGGGCUGCUGAACGAAGAGGUGAAACGAACAGUGGACCUGAGCACGCACCUUGCUAAGAUAACUGCAGAGAUUCUUCUGUCAAACCAGGGAGACUCGGCGGUACAUAGCUUUAUCUUGGCAGUAGAGCCCGACUUGGCCCCCAACCUUGCGUACGUCGGAGCAUCGGUGAAGGGUGAUGAAGAGGAGGAUGGCAUACUUGAGCUCAAGCAGACAAUGAUCCAAGGCCAAAGUGGGGAGUUCUACAAGGUGCAGUUACCCUCCAGUCUGGGCGUUGGCGCUAAGCUGCGAGUGAAGGUGGAGACAGUCCUGAGCCACAUUCUGAGGCCCUUUCCCACCCACAUCACCCAGGAUGAGCGUCAGCUGGUGGUGUUCCAGGGCAACCACUACCUGUACUCUCCAUACCCCACCCGCAGCCAGACCACCCGUGUCCGCCUUGCCUCUAAGACUGUGGAGAGCUACACCAAGCUGGGCAACCCCAGCAAGAGUGAUGAGGCCAUUGAGUACGGCCCCUUCCGUGAUGUCGCCCCAUUCAGUGAGGAUGCCCUGAAGGUCCAUUAUGAGAACAACACCCCCUUCCUCACCAUUAGCAGCAUCACCCGCAUCAUUGAAGUCUCUCAUUGGGGAAACAUUGCUGUGGAAGAGACCAUCGACAUGAGGCACACAGGGGCAUUCCUGAAAGGGCCUUUCUCCCGUUAUGACUACCAGCGCCAGUCUGACAGUGGCAUCUCAUCAGUCAAAUCCUUUAAGACCAUCCUUCCUGCCUCAGCACAGGAUGUGUACUACCGGGAUGAGAUUGGCAACAUCUCCACCUCCCACCUCCAGAUUCUGGAAGACUCUGUGGAGGUGGAGGUUAGGCCCCGCUUCCCCCUGUUUGGUGGCUGGAAAACCCACUACAUUAUUGGCUACAAUCUGCCCAGCUACGAGUACCUCUACACCCUGGGGGAUCAGUACGCUCUGAAGAUGAGGCUGGUUGACCAUGUAUAUGAUGACCAGGUCAUCGACUCCCUCACUGUUAAACUCAUACUGCCAGAAGGCGCCAGGAACAUCCAUGUGGAAACCCCCUACCCCAUUGACCGUAUUCCAGACCAGCUGCACUACACUUACCUAGACACCUUUGGCCGUCCCGUGCUGGUGGCGUCUAAAAACAACCUGGUGGAGCAGCACAUCCAGGACGUAGUGGUGCAUUAUACCUUCAAUAAGGUCCUGAUGCUGCAGGAGCCCCUGUUGGUGGUGGGGGCCUUCUACAUCCUCUUCUUCACUGUCAUCAUCUAUGUGCGCCUGGACUUCUCCAUCACUAAGGACCCUGCUGCAGAGGUUCGUAUGAAGGUGUCCUCCAUCACAGAGCAGGUCCUGACCCUGGUCAACAAGCGUUUAGGGCUGUACCGCCACAUGGACGAGGUGGUGAAUCGCUAUAAGCAAUCUCGAGACACAGGGGCCCUGAACAGCGGCCGCAAGACCCUGGAGGCCGACCACCGCACCCUCACCAACGACAUCAGCUCCCUGCAGGCCCGCCUUAAAGCAGAGGGCUCCGACCUCGCAGAUAAGGUGGGUGAGGUGCAGAAGCUGGACGGCCAGGUGAAGGAGCUGGUGUGUCGCUCCUGGCAGGAGGCUGAGCGCCUGGUGGCAGGCAAGGUUAAGAAGGAGGCCUACGUCGACAACGAGAAGACCCUCUCUAGCAAGAGACUGGAGCUGGUGACCCGCAUCGACAGUCUGCUGGACACCCUGUAAACACCACUAUACACAUGUCAGUGUACAAAACACACGUGCUGCCCCAACUACACAUCUGUUGAUCCGGCCCUGCAGUUAUUAUAAAAUAAGAAAUAUUUACCUUUGCACACAUUCCCCCGUAAGCUCAUUGACCAUCCCACAAAGUACACACACUAAAGGAACCUGUAGGUGCAUGCAAACACUUGUGCCUUUGUGCCUCGCUAGAAACACAACAGCGUUAUGCUUAACACCACAGGGAACGCUUGCGUCACAACUUACAUGGCAGUCUAAGUUAAAUUGUGUGGAAGAGCUCUGUUGUUCCUCAGAGUAAAUGCAGAAUUUUCAUGUUUAAAUUUGGAAUCUUUUGUGUAUAUACAUUUUUUUUUUUAACCUUUUGUGAAUGGUUGUUGGUGAUAAAUAUUUUUUGGUGUUACUCUUAAGGGUUUUCAUGUCACAUCUCUCCCGUGUCUAUACUCCUUUGAGUCCCUCCAACCUGUGCUCUCUUAAGGGUGGAGUAGUCAUCAGUGCCCCUGAAAUAAGGGAUGGAUCCCUUGUGAGUCAAACAGUCUCUAAAUGUCUUCGUCAUAUUCUUUGCAGUUACGAACUCUUGUUACUUCCCCCUGGCUGUUAUAUUUGAACAAAGUUGAAGCUCUGAAACGGUGUGGACCCCAAUCCAAAAGGUUACCAUUUUCAUGUUAAGUUUGUCAUUGUCCCUCUGUAAUAUUUUUUAACAUUUUGUAUAAUUUCUCUUUGUAAAUGGUAUAUUUUCUUUGAUAGUUUUAGUGAAUGCAUGAGAAUAGGCCGUGUGUAUGGGGCAGUCGAAGACGCUGAGUGAUAAUGUAUGUGAACCUGUAUCGUUAGUAAAUGAAAUGUGGGAAAAUGAA